AAUAAUAAGUGCUAGGAUGAAGAAAAAAAAAAAGAAGCGAAAGUGUUUGAGAGUUGGGAGUUAAGUGUUUCCUUCUCUCCAUAGCAACGAGAGACCUGCAGCUUUCUUACGAUGAUGAGUUCUGGAGCAACUACAAGCCAAAAUGUUGACUACACUCACUUUAUAUCACUUCCAUUGUCUAUACAUCCUGAAACGGUCAACAAGCUCACCAACUUAAAGAACUCAGUUCUUGGAACUGCUGAAGUUAAUCAAGAUUUGGGAAUUGAGAAGUCCAUGUUUACUAAUCCAAAAACAUUUCACUUGACUGUGCUCAUGCUGAAACUUUGGGAUAAUGACCGAUUUAAAGCUGCUUCUGAGGUUAUGCAGAGUGUCUCAGCAAAAGUACUUGAUGCUUUGGAGAGGCGACCUGUGUCUAUAAGACUGAAAGGUUUGGAGUGCAUGAAAGGUUCUCCAGCAAAAGCUUAUGUUGUAUAUGCUCCUGUUGAGGUAAUUGGUGGUGAAGCCCGACUCUUACGUGCCUGUCAGGUGAUCAUUGAUGCGUUCACUGAAGCUGGUCUUGUUGUUGAAAAAGAUGCAAAACAGAAGUUAAAGUUGCAUGCCACAAUACUGAAUGCGCGAUACAGAAAAAGCAAAAAAAGAUCAGAAACAACUGACCCCUUUGAUGCGCGAACAAUUUUUGGUGAAUAUGGCUCGGAAGAAUGGGGAGAGUGUCUUAUCCGUGAAGCUCAUCUUUCAAAAAGGUUUGUGUUCGCUGAGAAUGGCUAUUUCCAUUGCUGUGGUUCCAUCCCAUUUCCUGAAGAGAGGCAGGGUGUAUCUGGUAAGGCGAAAAAUGUUUUGACUUGGAAAAAGUUUUCCAUGGGAAAUUAAGUUAUUUUAUCGUUUGUAAAUUGUUGGUCAUAUAUGUCAUGUAUGCUUAUAGUAAAUUGUUGAAGACAGAUACGGCUCCCAACUUUUUAUUGAUUUGUGUGUAUUUGCCAUC